CUCGCGCACCUGGUCCUCGCCCCCGCGGACGCGGCCCGCCCCACGCACGGCCUCCUCCUCCUCCUCCCGCAGCUGGUCCUUGCCCCCGCGGACGAGGCCUGCCUGGUCCUCAUCCUCGGCCCACCUGGCCCAGCCCACGCGUGGCCUCCUCCUGCUCCUCCUGCACCUGGUCCUCGCCUUAGGCCUCGCCCCCGCGGACACAGCCCGCCCCGCCCAGAGGGCCGGGAGAGCCCGGCCUGAGGGGCUCGAGCAACCCCGGGAGGGGCUGGAGAGAACCCGGUGUUUUUCGGUUCUUUCCAGGAGAGCAGAGAUACAGACCAUGUGCUUCAUGAAUGAUUAACCAAAGCAGCUGGUGACAGCGAAGCAAGCAGCACCCCCACGGGAGAAGAGCAGCGAGGGGGCUGGCGCAGACAGCCUGGCGCCUGGCCCCAGCUGGGGCGGUGAGGCCAACAGCCACGCGUGGAAGGAGUUGCUGGCAGCUGCCCCGCGAGAAACACUAAGGGAACCGGGAACAACCCGGGGAGAAGCCGGAGACGUCGGAGGAGCUUUUUGUUAAAUUCUAAACUGCAUAGAAGACUUGGUUUUGGCAGUUACACUAAAGCAUCAUCCGGAAUUGUAGCAUUUAAGGGCAUUCAAGGUAUUUUUGUCCUGUCCUCUAAGGACAAAAAGGGGAAAUCAGGACAUUCCAUCAGGCCUCCCUCUGGAGUACUCUGGGUUCAUUUCAAAGUGCUCAGUUCUUUUCAAAUUAUGAAUCAAACCAAACCAAACCAUGGUGUUGAGAGGUGCAGAGAAGGAGGAAAUGAAACUCCUUUUUUCUUACAGUUUUAAAACUUUCUUAGAAGAAAGUGCCAACGUAUUUCCCUCAAAAUUGAACAGAUUUGGGUUUUUUCCAUAGAACUUAGAGUGGAACAGCAAAACCAAAGCUGCCUGUCCAUUUUGCUCCUCUCCCUAAAAGAAUUUUGAAAAAUUGUCUACCAAAUGUGUAGUUAACAUCCAAAUUCUUCAUAAUUUUAAAUAGUUACACAGUAUUAAUUUCUGACAUCCUGAUAAUGACGUUUUAAAACUCAACUGUUAAACAUCUUUUUUAAAAAAAUAUUCCAUAGAAUCUAAAAACAAGAGAGAAGUCCCAUUCCCCAUCUAAAAAAAUUAUGAACAAGCUCUUUAAGUAAGAAAUUUUACAUUAAUUCUUUUCUCUUUUAACUCAUUUCCAUUCCACUUCCCCUACAAAAUUGUAUCCUAAAGUAAUAGAUUCUUAUACUUGAAAAUGUUACUACUGAUCACACUGUUUUUGCAAGAGACCCAUACAAAUACAGUUAACCCUAAUUAUUCUUGGACUCUGUAUUUGCAAAUUCACCUACUCAAUAAAAUUUAUGUGUAACCCCAAAAUCAAUACUUGUGACACUUUCUCAGUCAUUCAUGGACACGCGCAGAGCAGUAAAAUUUUUGAACUGCCUUAUGCACACAUGCCAGCUGAAAUUGAACAAGGCCAUGCUCUGCCAUCUUGUUUAAGCUCAUACUAUACGCAGAUGUCCUUCUCAUGGUCUACUGGUGCCACAAUUUUCACAUUUUUGUGCUUUUUGUUGGUGAUUUCACUGUUUCAAUGGCUCCCAAGCGUAGUGCUAAAACACUGUCUGGUGUUCCUAAGCGCAAGAAGGCUGUAAUGUGCCUUACAGAGAAAAUACGUGUGUUAGAUAAGCUUCGUUCAGGCCUGAGUUAUAGUGCUGUUGGCCGUGAAUUCAAUGUUAAUGAAUCAACAAUACGGUACAUCCAGAAAAAGGAACAAGAGAUUCGCCAAUCUGUACGUGAGGCCGCUCCGGAAAGUGCUAAAGUGACAUCUAUUGUGCGUGACGCAGCUAUGGAAAAGAUGGAAAAGCAGCUAACUUUGUGGAUUCAUGAGAUGACAACCAAUGAAAGGAGUGUAGUGGACAGCGUUGUUGUGAGGCUGAAAGCCAAAGAAAUUUAUGGUCAUGUUACUCAGGGACAAGAAAAUGUUAAACCCUUCUCAGCUAGUGCAGGCUGGCUCGCACGUUUCAAAAGGCGAUACCACAUGAAAAAUGUUAAACUUGCAGGCAAGGCAGGCUCUGCAGAUCGGGAGGCUGCAGAAGAAUUUAAAAAAUACCUACUAAGCAUUAUACACGAAAAGGGUUAUAUGGAGGAGCAGGUUUUCAAUGCUGACGAGACAGGCUUGUUUUACAAGAAUGUUGGCAAACGAACCUAUGUAAUGCGAAUGGCCUCCAAAGCUCCCGGCUUUAAAUCAUUCCAAGACCAUGCAACCUUGUUAUUAUGUGCCAAUGCCAAGGGCGACUUUAAGUGCAAACCCCUAAUGGUACACAGAGCACAAAACCCACGAGCACUUAGAGGGAAAAACCUGAACCGGAUGCCAGUCCAUUGGAGGUGGAACAAAAAAGCAUGGAUGGCAUCUGGAAUAUUCUGGGAUUGGUUCCACAACUGCUUCAUCCCAGAAGCUGAACGCUAUCUCCAUAGCAAAAAUCUUGCCUUCAGGGUUUUAUUAAUUUUGGAUGAUGCCCCAGUUCAUUGCCAUGAAGAACUCGAAAAUGCCCACCCUGACGUAGAAGUUCUCUUCAUGCCCCCAAACACCGCAUCUCUAAUCCAGCCCCUCAGUCAGGGGAUAAUAAAAGCUUUCAAGGCACACUACACCAGGGAGCUUUACAGCAAGGCUUUCGAGGCUCUCGACGCAAACGAGGAAGCCACCAUGAUGGACUACUGGAGGUCAGUCACUAUUCGAAAUGUUAUUGAUUAUAUUGGCACAUCCUGGGACAGCAUCAAACAGGCUACUAUCAAUAACUGUUGGGGAAAUGUUUGGCCGGACUGCGUGAAAAAUUUCGAAGGCUUUGAAGGUGUUACAAAAAAUAUAAAGAACACUGUGGAAAACAUAAUGCAUAUUGCACAGCAAAUAAGUGGAGAAGGUUUUGACGACAUGAAAGAAGGAGAUGUGGAGGAAAUUUUGGCAGAAAUGGCAGUAGAACCCACCAACAAAGACCUGGAUGAGAUGGCAAAACAUGGCAUUGGUGUCAGUGAUGAUGAGGACACUGAUGAAAGUCAGCCUACGACUCCAAGAAUUGUCCCUCUCACAGCAGCGAAGAUAGCAGAAUGGAAUUCUGCCUUGGAAAAAAUUUUCAAUGACAUGGAAGAGUGUGAUCCUAUGCUGGAACGCAGCCUCACAUUUAAGCGCCUGACCUCCAACGCGUUCGUCCCUUAUGCCGAGACGCUUAAAGAUUUAAAGAGAAAAGCCAAGCAGACAAGGCUGAAACAAUUUUUCAAGCCAGUUUGGGAGGGAAAGUUGCUGACACCACCAAGUUGUGAAAGCCAAACUCCUGAGGUAGAACUGCCAGAUCUCGCACCCCACCUUCAUUGAUGUCUUCCUCUUCUGCUGAGUAAGUUUCCCUACCCUCCGUUGGUUUUUGUGGAGCAAGCCAAGGUCAGGAACUUUAACCACACCUUGCACUGCCCCAUCACACAUCCCGCAGCUCCAUCAACAGUGAGGUUUUGGUUAAUGUGUUCAUAAAACUUUAAAUGUUCAAUCUUUGCUUAAUGUUUUCUCAAGGCUUGCUUUCUUGCAUUACUGUACUAUACAGUAUACAGUAUGUAUUUACUGUAUGUGUGUGCUGUGUGUACGACUGAGUGGAAGAGUCAAACUAGGAGAGCUGCACCACAGUAGACUCCAUUACAUAAUGCCGUAAUUGAUAAAGUUUUAUUAUAAAGAAAUACGCAUGUAAUUAAUUACUUGUAAGUAAUAUAUGUUAAAUAAACUGUCUUUAAAGAGAAAUACCCUGGAAACAAGAUUAUAUAUUGACUGUUUGAUGAAGUGUUCUGACCAGAGUCUCCAAAGAAACUAACCCUGAAUUUCCCCUAGGAACAAUGGUUCAGUAGUUGCUAAUUCAGUGUUCACAGUAACUGCCACAAAUAAUGAGAACUGACUCUACAUUUAAGAUUAUUAAGCCAAAAGGAUCUAAUUGUUAUGAUUUUUCUUCUAAAUUGAGUUAACACAACUAUUAUUAGCACAUAAACAAUGGAAACAAUAUAUUACAGUUUUGAUGAAAAUUAUUAAAUAUAAAAUGGAAAAUUUUAUUUGGAAAUGUGUAGCUUAAUAAGAUAUAUGGGGUUUUUUUUAAUUAGUUCAUUUAACUAUGAAUGACCAUCACUUACUGCUAGAAAAAGAUAUAGUCCAGCAUC